ACAAUUAGAUAUGAAUUUCCCUCAGUGAUCUGCCAUUUCGUGUGAUAGGGCCUCUGAAUUCUACUUAAACAGAAGACGGAUAUAUUGUUGCUCAAAUCACAGAGACACCCAGUAUUCAGGAGACGAAGGGCGUCGCCUCGUUGAUCCUGAGUCAAUUAAGACCAUUGUAUGUGCUGUGUCUCAAUGCAUGAAAGAGUUUUUAAUAUCUGAUGGUGGUCAAGAAGACCUUGAUCAAGAAGAAGGUUAUGCGGAAUUUAAUGAUCUCAUUAAAGAGAUGUCUGACAAGAUCCUCUUCGAGCUUGAGACUGCCAUUGAACAAAACGAAUACUAUGAGUUUAUAAGAUUGUAUGAUAAGGCAAUGGAGCUCAAAUAGUUUCAUCAUGGGAAAUGAGUUAUUCUUAAAAUACUCCACUAAUUUAUUAUGGGAAAAAGCUCUUUCAGUCAUUAGGUAUGAAUCUGAAAAAUAGCCCUGAUCUUUCAAACAAAGAGCUGACGGAGAAGUAUGAAAAAUACUUGACUCUGGUAACCAAACAGUUUAAACAGAGAAGAUGUGAAAUAGAAAGAGCAAAGAACGAAGAGAUCUCCCGGCUGAACAACAUAAUCACAGAAUUGAGAAGAAAACUUGAUGACGAACAGGUAUCUAAUCAACAAACAAAAGCUGAAUACUUUGAAAAGGAACAAAAGCAAUCCUCUACUAUCGAAAUCAACACUAUAAAACUAAAACUUACCCAAAAGAAGAAUGAGAACAAGGAGCAUCGGCAGAAGAUUGAUGAGCUAGAGGAUUCUCUUACCGAAAGAGUCACUGAGCUGAACAAAACUCAAAAUGAUCUUGUACAAAUGAAAGAGAAAUAUCUUCCUCCAGCUGGAACAUAUUCUGAAGAUGAAUUCAACUUAUUAUUUGAUCCAAAUGAAGGUAAUAAAUUAAAGAAGAUCAAAGUUUUGAAGAGUUCUAAGAAAAAAGUUUUAGAGCUUGAGCUGAAUGAUGAUAAAGAUUUUAAGCAGAUAGAAUCCAUAAAAAAGAGGAUUCCUGAUAUUUACCGGUUCAGCAUUUCAUCAAUUCCAAUUGUCAAAUAUAUUAGAGUGAACACCCUGCUCAAUAAAUACUUCCCAGAGAGUGUUGAGGUUUUGCAUUUCAACAAUAACUCUGAACUGAAUCCUUAUCUCGAGAUUUACAUAUCGAAGCUCUGUAAAAUAGGUCCUAGAGUAUCUCAAGAGUUCCUUUUAUAUAAUUUUGAAUUCUCCCCUUCUGAAGCUAGCCAAAACAAUCUAAUCACAAUUUUUGAAAGCUACAAACAUGUCAAGAUAUUAGGAUUCCCUGGUUGCAAGCUUGGCUUAAGCAGAGCUCCUGACUUCGGCGAUUCUCUAAAUGGAAUUGCUGUUGAAUGCCUGGAUCUAAACUGGUGCGGAAGUAAGCAGAUUGGAGAUUUUAAUAAUAUACAUGUGACAGGAUAUAUUUUAACUAUAAUGUGAAGAAGUUUAAGCUGGAGAUUGGGAGAAGGAAAGCCCUGAUCUUGAUUAUCUUGUAGAAGGGCUAGCCAGAGUGGAAGAUUUUGAGAAGAGUUUUCGGAAGAUUAAAGUGGCUGGAUGUGGAUUAGGUGAGGAUAAGGUCAAUGAAAUACUGGAGUUGUAUGGGUUUGAGGAAGUUCAGGUUUGGAGAAGGUGGUAAAACCUCCUUGGCUUAAUUCAACUUAAUGACUAAACAGCUAAGCUUUUAA